CAUGAUCUAAAAAAGAAAAUGUCUCUUAAGGUUUACCAUUCAAAAAGUAAAUACCUAAUGGGGUUAGGAUAUUAUUUUAUUAAUUAAAGGGAUCAAUUUAAUGGCUUGAGUACUUCCAAUAAUAAAAUUCGAAUAGAGAUUCAUCUUCUAUGUAUAUCAAUUCUGAACUAUCAUCAACCUGCAUCGUGUUACUUGAUUUAGGUAGUAUACUAUAUUAAAUCCAUUCAUUGAUAAUAUAAGCGAAAUACCCUAAACUUGUAAUCAAAAUUAAAAGAGAUGUUAUUCCUCCUAUAACAGAUUUUUGGCUUUUGACAUGUAGG